GGUAAAAUAUAUAGCAAAUUUUUUUGCAACCUGCUCCGGUGACAUGUCGGGUGCCAUGUCAUAAGAAUUUCAUUGUGCAGGAUGACGAUGUGUUCGGUGCAUUUGAAAAAUUUACUUUGAAACUUGAAACUAUGUUCACGCAACACGCACACGGUGACCAUAUAAAAGGAGUCGCCUUGACCUGUUCAAAGCAAGCAGCGAGGUGUAACCGGAGAGGCUGUUGAGUUCAAUGGAGAGCAACCGACCCAAAGGUAUGGUGAUUCUAAUAAAUGGGGAAGGAGCCCAGGGAGAGGGAGGACGACUGGCCCUGAGCCCUGUAGACGAGCGUCCUGAAAGGGGUGAACGAAAGCUUGCUGGGCCUGGUGGGUUCCCUGCAACCUGCACCACUGACAGGGCCAUCGCAGCUCCUGAUGUCUCGGUGGGAAUGCCUGGAGAGGUAGAGCUGAGCAAAUCUGAAAACUGCCCAUCUUCUGACAGCGAGGAUGAGGACAAAGACAAGAAGAAGAUGAAAAAAAAGAAGCUGAAAAAGAGGAGGAAGAAGGGUUCCAGCUCAUCUUCAUCCUCCCUUGCCUCCUGGUCAUCCUCCUCAUCCGACAGCAGCUCUUCGGACAGUGAAGAUGAGAAGAAAAAAAGAAAGAAAAAGAAGGUGAAGCAAGACUCAGCUGGGGACUGUGUUGUAGCCUUGGCAUCUGAGCCUGGGCUUGAAGGAUGUUCAGAUCUAAAGGACAUGGUAGCAAAGAGAAAGAAGAAAGAAAAUAGUUCAGCCUCAGACAGUGAAGAUGACCAGAAGAAGAUGAAGAAGAGAAUGAAGAAGGAGAUGAAAAAGAAGAUGAUGAAGAAGAUGAAGGAGAUGAUGAAGAAUGUACGUCCCUGUUCUGUAUUCUGUUCAUAAUAUUAACAAUAAGUG